AUCAUGACCAGCAUGAAACUUUCGAAGCCAAAGUCAGCAAGUGGGAGUACGGGCUAUAGCUAUAUGAAAUUCAAGCAAUAAUAUACUCUCUCUUCCUGGUCCUUUCUUUGGUUUCUCUCUCUCUCUCUCUCUCUCUCUCAUCUUGAGCUAUCUUUUUCUGAUCUCUCUAUAUAUAUGAAACACUACUCUUUGGUGUAUAUGGUGGGAGAUUAUUGAGAGGAAAUUGUAUUAGAAUGGGAUAUGGGGAGCUUAUUAUACGAAGCUAUGACGCCCAAAACGAUAGAGCUCGAGUGGAAGAUCUCGAGAGAAGAUGUGAGGUAGGGCCAGCUGAGAAAGUGUUCCUCUUCACAGACACUUUGGGUGACCCCAUCUGCAGAAUCAGAAACAGUCCGAUUUACAAGAUGCUGGUAGCCGAGCUGGACAGUCAGUUGGUUGGUGUCAUCCAGGGCUCUAUAAAGCUUGUAACAGUUCAUAAACCACCCAACGAUCUAGCCAGGGUGGGCUAUAUCUUGGGCUUAAGGGUUGCACCCCUUUAUCGGAGACGAGGGAUUGGCUCGAGCUUGGUGAUCAAAUUGGAAGAAUGGUUCAUUGCGAGUGAUGUAGAUUACGCAUACAUGGCCACAGAGAAAGAUAAUGAGGCGUCGUUCAAGCUCUUCGUAGACAAGCUCAGUUACGUUAAGUUCCGGACGCUAGCUAUUCUCGUGAAUCCUGUUAGCCAUCGGAUGUCCCGGAUAUCAUCAAACGUUGAAUUAGCAAAGCUCAGGGUUGAAGAAGCUAAAUCCCUCUACCAUAAAUUCAUGUCUUCAACAGAGUUCUUCCCGAAUGAUAUCGGCAAUAUACUGAGAAACAAGCUGAGCUUGGGGACUUGGGUGGCUUAUCCGAAGGGUGAAUCGUGGGGUUACUCAGGGCCAAAUGGGGGAGUAUUUCCAAGUAGUUGGGCAAUGCUUAGCGUAUGGAACAGUGGGGAGCUUUUCAAGUUGAGGUUAGGGAAUGCACCCUUAUCUUGUUUGAUGUACACAAAGAGCUCAAGGUUGAUCGAGAAACUUCUGCCGUGCUUUAAAUUGCCUGCCAUACCUGAUUUUUUCCAUCCAUUCGGGUUCUACUUCCUAUAUGGAGUGUAUCGUGAAGGUCCAUUGUCUGGAAAGCUGGUGCGGACGCUGUGCCGAUUUGUGCAUAACAUGGCUUCAAAGUCUAAGGACUGCAAGGUUAUUGUUACAGAAGUUGGAGGUAGCGACACAUUGAGACUUCACAUCCCACAUUGGAAAUUACUGUCCUGUCCAGAAGAUUUGUGGUGCAUAAAGGGCUUGAAAAACGAAGAGAAGAACAGCCUCCAUGAAUUGACAAAAACCCCGCCAACAAGGGCCCUUUUUGUAGACCCGAGAGAGGUAUGAACAAAAGAAAUCCUGACCCCGCCCUCUCCCUUUCGUCUGGCCUGAUGAGCUAAACCCCACCUCAUGUAUUCUUUGACAAGUCCAUCCAUCUCUCCUGGUGGGGGCUUUUCUCUUGUUCCUUUCACAUCGGUGACACAAAAUCUAAAGAGAUUUCCUUAAUUAGGUGCCACCCUCGGUGUCCUUGCUUAAACUCAUUUUUUGCACCUCAUGAUUCCGACUAAUCAAGCAGCCUCUGCGUGGUCCAAUCUUUGUCCCUUUCCCCUUCGGUAAAUAUUUUAUCUGGACCCCCUCCUUCCCCUUUGUCGCGUCUCAUACUGUUCCCCUCCCUAACGUGCCAUUGUUAAAGAUUGAAGAGGGGAUUUCCCAUUAUCAUGAAAAAAAAAAUCUAUAAAAACUACAUAUCAGAGCUGGCCUCUCUCUACGAAAAUUUGGCCCUCGA